UGUUCUUCGGAGUCCUGAGUUAGCUAUACUAUGGAGAAAUAGCAAAUCGACCUCCUCUGUAAUAAUGAAGCUAUUGAUAUUCGCGCUUAUCCAGUUCUGUUCGCUGCUGAAAAUCGAUGUUUUGGCUUCAGACGAAGAUUGUAACGAGCCACUUGUCCUUUCUGGUAAUGCAACCUUGACGUCAACGACAUCAAGAAAUCCCCCUGCGAGCUUUGGACCUCAACAAGCAUUACUCCACAAUACGCAUGCUUGGUGUGCUAGUUUAUCUAWCGCUGACCAGUACCUUGUGAUAGACAUAGGGCUCGUCAAGAUGAUCAAGUCAAUAGCAAUACAAGGGAAUCCAAACAAUGACGAGUUUGUCAAGUCUUUUAGUGUAUCGUAUGCAGUUCUUGAGGGUCAGUGGUUAAUAUUCACUGAGAUCGGCGCCAGACGUAUAUUCAAAGGAAACUUAAAUGGAGGAGAAAUUACCGAGCAAGUUUUCAAGAGUAUCUUCGCUGCUCGCUAUGUUCGCAUAGUGCCACAAACCUGGUACAACCACGUAUGUGCAAGAGUGCAGUUAUUUGGCUGUGAUACAACUCCUUACCGAGGAWUGGGAAUGAUGAAUGGRGACAUACCCAACAGUGCUAUAACAGCCUCAAGYAACUWUGAUGGAUACAAUGCCUUUAAUGGACGCUUGUAUUGGACCAUUAGAAGGGACAAGCAAGCCUGGAUKUCAAAGUAUAAURAUAAAAAUCAAUGGUUGAAGGUGGAUCUCAGYGCACUGGCAUUUGUGACAGCAGUUGCAACGCAGGGACGUCAUCGCUCGACUUCUAACCAAUGGGUGAAAAGCUACUGGAUUUCCUACAGCGUCGAUGGAAUGACUUUUCAAGAGUACAAAAUCAACCAAGCCAGAAAGAUCUUCAAUGGUAAUUUAGAUCGAGAAACAGUUGUUCGACACAUACUUUCUCCAGUAAUCUACGCUCGAUUCGUAAGGUUUCAUCCCAACACGUGGAAUGUCCAUAUCUGUAUGAGAGUUGAGGUGUAUUCCUAUGGAAGAGGUAAGUAGCAUGUAUCAUCUUAACCCUUUCACGCAACAAUUGUUUGGUGGAUUUUAAGUUGUUUUUGAGACUGAUAUUUCAAAAUAUU